CCAGACACACACACACACAGACACACACUCCACAGGUCACCCUCACACACCGCCUGCAGGUCUGGGAACCUAAUAACCUCACACACACAGGGAGAGGAUUUUUGCUGUGGAGUUUGUGGCUUUGAGAGAGUUCUGUGGUGCUGAAAGGGUUCUCUGGCUGUCAAAUACUGUGGCUGUGGGAGAGUUCUGUCUGAACCGUCCUGCUGGGCUUGAGAUGUGACCCAUCAGAACCAUGACUGACCGAGUGUCAUCAUGACCGAGAUGUGUUUGUCGCCCCCUGUCUGUUGUACUGGGUAAGGCCCUGAGUGGCUGAGACCAGGGACGACCGUGGUGUGUGUGUGAGUCUGGGCCAGGAGUUUAGCAUGACGGGGGUGGCUGUGUGCUUCGGAGCGGUCAACUCCAUCAAGGCACUCUGGGAGACCAGGAUCAAGAAGAGCAAAGAUGACCAGCAGACGCAACGAGACCUCCGGGACAGAGCAGCCGUGGGACGGCUGACAGGGCCAUGGGAGGACCGCAUCGCUCUGAACAAACUCCGCGAGCGAAUCGUAACGGAGGACGGACGGGUCAUCCUGCGCAUACAGAAGGAGGAGUGGAAGACCCUUCCUGCUGCGCUGGUCCAGUUGUCAGAGGUUCACGAGUGGCAGCUUCACCGCACCGGCCUGCAGAAGAUCCCGCACUUCAUCGGCAGCUUCCAGCAGCUCAUCGUCCUCGACCUCUCCCGCAACGCCAUCACCGACAUCCCCAAAGAGAUCGGUAAGCUGACGAGGCUGCGGGAGCUGGUGGUCAGCUAUAACCGCGUGAGCAGCAUCCCAGAGGAGCUGGGUGACUGUGAGAGUCUGGAGAAACUGGAGCUGGCCAUGAACCGGGACCUGGACGAGCUUCCAGAACAGCUAAGCAACCUGAAGAAGCUGUAUCACCUGGACCUCUCCAUGAACAAGUUCACGGAGAUCCCCGAGUGUGUGGUCAACCUGCCCGCUCUUGAGUGGCUGGACAUGGGGGGCAACCAGCUGCAGAGCCUCCCUUACGACAUACACAGGAUGGAGAAGGUCCAUACCCUGUGGCUCCAGCGGAAUGAGCUGGAGCAUCUCCCUGACAACAUCAGUCACAUGCACAACCUGGACACUCUGGUGCUGAGCAACAACCGCCUCAAGGACAUCCCCAGCCUGAUGGAGGAUAUGAAGAACCUCAGGUUUGUGAAUUUCCGUGACAACCCUCUGACGUGGGACCUGACGCUACCGGAGGUGCAGGCCGAGGACCCGGAGGAGGACGACGACCGGGAGAUGUUUGGACGAGAGUUCAUGGAGCUGUACAUCAGAGAGUCGCGCAAACGAGAGUCCCAGGCCACGUUUACGUCCGUGCUGAACGUGACGCUGGAAGGUGUGUGUGAGACGCCGCCACUCUCCUGAUUGUCCUCCAUGUUGGCCUCUGCACUUCCUGCUUCCUGUCAGGCGGCCAUGUCCUCGUCC